AUGCUGUUCGGACCGCAAGUCGUCGACGACACCGCGGCGGCGACCUCGCAGACAAAAAAGGCUGUCUUGAACUCGUCCAUGUCGAUAGAUGACGGCGGAACAGACAAGAAGAAGAAGAAACGUCCGAAAGCAGUCAAGAAGACCGCCGACUACUCGGUCGCAACAUCCACAACAAUCAAGCGUGAGAAAUCCAAGAAGAAGGUGUCCCGAACGCACGUGAACCCUUCGAACGCUGACCUGUCGUGCAUGUACCCCACUGUGUGGAAGGGCCUGAAGUACCUCCGCAAAACGACGACAGGGUGCUUGCACAAACCCGUGUGUGUCACUGGUGUCGAUGGGUUUCUGGCGGCAUGGAUCGUCGAAAAGCUGCUUGUAAAAGGAUAUAAAGUUCGAGGUACCGUCCAGAACAAGAAUGACGACAUCUCGAAACUGUACGAGCUCCCGUCGGCUAAGAAGCACUUGACGAUCGUCGAGACAUCGUUGCUCACAGCCCAGUCAUGCGACCUGGCCGUGGACGGGUGCGACUUUGUGAUUCAUACAGGAACGCCGACGUCUUGUUCGGUUCGGGAUCCGUACUCUGAGAACCAGGAGCCGGGCGUGUACAGUAUCAGCAGCCGCGUGCACUGCAUAGUUCCUAUGAUGAACAACUUUAUCACAGCGUGCGUUCGAGCCAAAGUGAAGCGCGUCGUUUUGACGUCGUCGAUCGCGGCCAUGGCCGACAGUGUGACUGCGCAGUCGACGAUCACCGACCUCAGCUGGAACGUCACAUCGUCCCUGGACAGAAAUCCGCACUUUCUGAGCCUAAAAUUGGCCGAGGAGGCUGCGUGGCAGCUCGUCAAGAACGAAUCCAUGGAGCUCGUCACAAUCAACCCGGGCAUGCUGAUCGGCCCAUCGCUGUGCAACUCCAAGAUUUCCCCUGGCACACAAGUCAUUUACGACCUCAUUGUCGGCCACUACUCGGCACUGGUCGACUUGAAUUUCGCCAUGACCGACGUGCGCGAUUGUGCCGCAGCCCACGUGCUGGCACUGGAACACAUGGACGCUCGCGGACGCUACAUUUGCGUCAAUCGCACGGUCUGGCUGCGAGAAAUCGUGCAAAUUCUAAGCAAAAACGGCAACAGCGGCCGCGCUUUGCCAGUGCAGCAGCGGUUCUGCGACGGAUGUGUGAUGUCUGCGAUCCCCGCGCUCUUGUCGGGCCUUGCCGACGCUCGGCGCGACGUGGCUGUCCAUUGCAAAGCAGUCGUCGUCCUCGAAACCCUGAUGGAAAACCAUCGGAACCACGAACUGCUCGCGCGCGGUGGUGGGAUCCCGAUCCUAUUGACUGCGCUGCAUUCGACGGAUGGAAUUGUUGCCGUCAAGGCGGCCGGGACGCUACACAAAUUGUCUCAGCGGCUACCCACAGCGCUUCAAUUGAUUCUUGAAGGCACGGUGCUGCACAUGCUUCAAAUGGAGGAAGGAUCGGCAGCGUGGCGCGUGUGCCUCCUCACCCUAAAGAACUUUUGGGGCUACGUCGCCCGCCGCGAGUUCAAAACCAUGUUGUUUGCAUCACUCCGUGUGGCCCCCGACACGGCGUCUGGGGCGUUUCGAGGGAACGUCAUGCUGAGCCUUGUGCACCUGCUGGACCCCGCCGACUGGCCAAAGCUGAUCCCGGAAGGCUUAAUCGGCAUUCUCUUGGAACUUCUCCACGACGACAGCGAGUAUUCCCAUCGAAUUGUCGCGCACGCGAUCAAGCACAUGCUUCCGUCAUCGUACCAUCCGAAAAUCGACGUGGUCGUGCCGUCGCUGCGAGAGACGUACGACCGCGACAAGGAAACCAUCGACGUCUGGUUUGCCGUGGGGGCGCACAAGAUUGCAGCCAACCGCGUCGUCCUCAGUGUGCAAAACCCGUAUUUCAAACGGCUCCUCGGGUCACUGCAAAAAGACAUUGAAGUGUCGGACGUGAGCAACCACACGUUUUCGCUGUUGAUUCAUUUUCUGUACACGGAGGAAGUUGCGAUCGACCUCCACAACGCGGUCGACUUGCUGGUGGCGUCGGCGCUGUACCGCGUUCCCGAACUCCAAAAACGAGUCGAGCGCUUCCUCGUCGACGAAAUUUCUGCGCAAAAUGCCAUGGCGAUCUGGGUCGUGGCUGACCAGUGCCACGCGACCGACCUCGUCGACGCGUGCGUUUCGUUCAUCUUGCGCAGCAUUUGCGCCGUCGUGAUCACGGAAGGCUUUCGUGACCACCACUUGACCGCGGUCACGACGGACGUUGUCGAAGCGUUGUGCGACGCCAUGGGGCCGCCGUGGUCGGUGCACUUCAAUGGGUUGUCCCCAAAGGCAUUGCGUGGGCUUCCCGCGCUGGCAGAUAUCGAGUCGUUGCCCGAAGAUGGAAAAUUCACCCAAGACGUGCAGUCGGAGCGGUCGUCAGUCACGGACGACUUGGCGGAAUGCGUCUGCUAA